AGCUUACCAAAUUUUUACAUAUUAGCGUUAUGAGCUAAUUAAUAUUUUUAAGCGGUAUAUAUGCAGCUACUGCUACCCCCCCUAAGACGUUAAGGAUGCCUGUUAGUAAACUGGUGUAAAAACUGCCUUACCUCCUCGAGGAUAUUACAUGUCACAUAUCAUAUUACAACCUUAACAGACAACCACUCGUGCAAACGGGAUCAAGGCGUUUAAGGCUCGCAAGCUGAUCUCUAGACUCUAGUUCGCUAGGUACUCCAACAACUCUCUGGUCUUAAUAUGGCCAGUUAGUUCUGCCCGCAAAACGAUGAGAUGUAGCACAACAGCUACCUGACAACCCAACGCCAGGCAUACACGUCAGGCUAUGUUAACAAGGCGACCGUUACCUAGGACCUACCUAGGUAGGUAGGUAGCUCCUCAACUUGAUACAAUAUACCUAAGUAAUUUUCUUCUAUUCCUACGACCAUAUUUAAGUAUCCCCUCCUACGGCUUUUUUACACACUCAUACCUACUGUGAUCUUGUCCACCCAAAACACCACAAUUGCGGCACAACUCAACUUCACUAAUCAAAUCAUUUGACACAUCUGAUUGCACAACAAACAUCCUUCAAAAUGCGCAGCAUCGACGAGAGCACUACGCUCGAGGAGAAGUCAAGCCUUGGAAACCUCUCCAUCCUAACUAAAGUCGACAAGCUACGUGAGCUUAUCGGAACCAGGAUUGCCCUACCUCAGCUCGUAGUUGUUGGAGAUCAGUCAUCAGGAAAGAGCUCAGUGCUCGAGGGUCUGACCCAUUUCGGGUUUCCUCGUGAUGCAGAACUCUGCACACGCUACGUAACCCAAAUCACCUGUCGCCGCGAGAAAGAGGAAAGCAUACACGUUUCCAUCAUCCCUCAUGAUGAAGCCUCUACUUCUGACCAGGCGCGUAUCAAAAAGUUCCAUCACACCCUAAAAGCGAUAACCCCCGAAAGUCUUGCCCAGUUAUUUACGGAGGCAAAUGAAGCCAUGGGAAUAAAGAGUUCUACAAAGUCUACAUCGACCGAUGGUUCCAGUCUUCCGGCAUUUAGUGAACAUAUACUCAAGAUCGAGAAGCUUGGCCCAGAGGAGGACCACUUCACGGUUAUCGAUGUUCCUGGAAUCUUUCGAAAAGAGACUGAGGGUGUCACUACCGAGGCUGAUAUAGAGCUUGUCAUGAAUAUGGUGAAGAAUUACAUGAAGGAUCCGAGGACCAUUAUAUUAGCGAUCAUGCCUAGCAACGUCGAUCCGGCGACACAAGAAAUAUUGAAGCUAGCUAAACGAGCCGAUCCCUCGAUGGCUCGUACUAUGGCCGUUCUGACAAAACCGGACUUGGCAAUUGAAAGUACAAUGCAGCAGAUUGCCAUCGACCAUGUUACUGGCAAGAGGGGAGACCUUUUGCUUGGAUAUUACAUCGUCAAGAAUCGUGGUCCCGACGACGCACAUAAGACACUCAGACAAGGUCAGGCCGAUGAGAAAAGGUUCUUCUCCCAGACCCCUUGGUCAUCUCUUCGGGGUACAGAAAGGUCUGGCGUGGAAGCGUUGAGGAAGCGUGUUCGUGAGCUUCUUGUCGAGCUUAUCAAGAAAGAGUUUCCAAAACUUAAAGCGGAUGUUGCGAAGGAGUUGUCAGCAUUAAGGUCAGAACUCAACAAGAUGGGCCAAUCGAGAGGUCAUCAACAUACGCAGAGAGCGUACCUCAACAAGAUAAGCGAGGCAUUCCAGGCCCUAGUCCGAGAUGCUCUCAAUGCAUACUACACCGGCAAUAAGAUGUUCGAAGAAAGACACGAUCUUAGGCUUAUUACGCGCAUCGUUGAGGCGAAUGAAAGCUACUCGGAUGCCAUGUUAAAGAAUGGACACACCUGGCCUUUUGCCUCCGACUUAACGCCCGAGGAGAAGGGCAAUGAGAAAGUACGCAUACCGGCUGUUAGUCUUGCUCGUACUCACGUGGUUCCCAACCCUGACGACGGCACCUACCCCGAACUUGAAGAGAUUUUGAAUGAUUCUCAAGACUCUCUAGACGGUAUCAUGGAAGAAGUUAGCGGUGAAGGCGAUAUCAUGAACUAUAUCGCAGGAGUUUAUAAAGAUAGUCGUGGACAAGAUCUUGGAACAUUUGGUGGCGCCCUUGUUUCAACCAUGUUCAAGGAGCAGUCGAAGAAAUGGAAAUAUAUUACGCUGGAUUACGUGAACCGAACCAUUUGGAUUGUUCACCAUUUCAUCGUCGAGGCUAUCAAAGAAACCUGUCCCGACAAACGCGUCCGUGAAGAGCUAUGGAAUGGACAUCUUCUGGAUGAGCUACAAGAUGCCUAUCGUAAGGCUGUCGACCAUGUGAUGUUCCUACUCGAAAUUGAGCGUGACGGCUCCCCCUUGACGCUCAAUCAUUAUUUCAAUGACACCCUCCAAAAGGCUCAGAGCGGCCGUUUGGUGGAUGCUCUUCGACAGCUCGGAACAGAGAAAUUGCUAAACAUAUCAGAUGGGACCAAGCCCGGCUACCAUUCAGAGAAGGGUAUAUUCCUAAACGAUGUACAAAUGAACAAUUUGUCUUUCAAUAUGGCCAACUCGGAACAUGUUCAGGAGUAUAUGCACGACAUACUUAAGAGCUACUACAAAGUCUCUCGUAAGCGAUUCGUCGACGUCGUUUGCCAACAGGUUGUCAAUCACUAUCUAUUGCAAGGGAAAUGCAGCCCACUCAAGAUCUUCAACACGGAGAUGGUGCUGGACCUCACCGAAGAGCAGCUAGACAUGAUCGCAGCGGAAGAUACGCCAGUCAAGCGACGCAGAGAGAAACUUGGGCGCGACAUUACUAACUUCCAGGAAGCCCUGAAAGUUUUGAAAGGUUCGGGUUGAAUCAACCAGGGAGAAGCUGACAAGUGGAGGGCGUAGGUUACGCUGAUCUUGAGAUUCUCUUCUUAUGGGGUCUUAUUUAAUCCGGAUAGGCGGUGCUGCAUAUGCAUAGCACGCUAUUAGGGCAGCUCCUUUUUGCAAUAUAUGCAGCAAGCUUUGCCAGUUUAGAUGUAGCAAAUGUCAUGACAGCUCCCCUAGCUCUAUAUCCCAUUUAUUGGGAUUCUAAUAGACUGACGGAACAAUUUAUAAAGAACUCC